UUAGGUCUCAGAGAUUGUGAAGCACUAAGGAAACUUUGAGGCUGUGUAUGACAGGCAGCAGUUGUUUGGAUACACAUUCAGGUUACAAAGAUUAAGUGACACAAUGGUAUUAAGGCAGGGAAAGCAUGGUGUAAACACUGGAAGAAAUGUCUGCUCUCACUGUCACUCCAUCUGUUCAAGAUAUAAGACUGAAGGAUUUGUGUUUAAGUUUCUCCUUAACAGCACAGACAGUAGUGAUGCAGAACAAGUUACUGAUCUACUUGCCCAGGAUCUGCCAGAUGGUGACCUCCCUGUAUAUAGAAGUGACAAGUAUUUUACAUCGGAUACUGUAAGUUAUUCAAUUAACAAGCAUAAAAGAUGGACUCUUCCACAGCAGAUAAUUGAUCUGAUUGAUGAAGGUGAUUUGGAGGAAGAAGAUUACAGACUUGUCAUGCAUAAACGUGUCAGCCAUUCAUGGUAUAACAAAUACCUAUCUAAUCGUGGAGACACCAUGUCUUAUCAUGAUACCAAAUACACUGUUCAUCAUAGUCACCCAAAAAAAUCCCUGUCCUCUAUGUCCGACCUCAAGCUGAACUGUCAUAGGAAACAGCAGGAAUUGGCAAGGUCAACGUCUACUCCAACAGUAAAAUUACGUAAACACAAAAAAAAAACACACUUUCGAGGAAUUCAACGAAAAAUAUCAACCCAACCAAAGGAGACACCUUCCAGAAUCAAUAUCCCAGAGGUUUUAAAUGGUGACUUUCACAACGUGUCUGUGCCAGAGGUCAGAUAUGAAGUAAAUUAUCAACUCUGUAGCUCCUCCAAGAGAACGAGGUGUAAAUUUCACAAAUACAUCUCCUAUUAUGAAGCCCCGCACAUGAAAUCCAAGGGAUGCUGUUCAAAACCAAGCCCUCAAUGGUAUUUCAAAAACAUCUCGAGUUCAGACCAGAGACUGUAUCAGAAUGGUUACCGUGAUGAUGAAGAACUCUCCUGUUUUGAGGAGGAGUUUGACUGUCUUGAUGAGGAGGCAAGUAUGUACCUUCAUAAUGAGCCAGUUCACGCAACACUAGCAGACUUUUGCCUAACACCUGGUAAUAGGCCUCGGAAUUCUCUUUCCAAGCGGAGUCAUGGCCACAAAACACCUAAUACAGCUUCAGGGAACAAUUCUGGUGCCUACUUUGGAAAGAAUAAAGUCAUCCAUGUAGAACACCCAGACAGUGGAUCAGAGGAGAAAGAGGUGAAAAAGUAUGAGGUUAUUGGUACGGGGGUUAUAACAUCAGCUGUGACAAACCUUGUGUGGGACAAUGCUGACUUUGACAGUGACGGUUGUCGUUGUGUCAUUGAAAAGGAAAGUAUGGAGAAUUACAGACUAGCUCACCCUGGGGAGUUCCAUGUUGGAUCUUGCAUUCCACAAAUGGUGAAAGUUAGUGUUACAGGAGAGACAACUCAGGGAAGCUUGGUACUUUGGCAGAAAUCUGAAUGGUCAGCGGUAUCAAGACAAGAUCCAGAAUAUUGGAUCAGAGUUCAGUCAGAUCAGGUGAAUACGAAGGAGCUCUCCACAUCACUUCAGAGUCAGCUUCAGUUGGAUAGAGUAUUUACCAUCCAGGAGGUGGUGCUAUUUGUCAGAAAUCUCCUCGAUCAAUUUUCACAACAUCACAGAUGUAUCAAGGAGAAAAAACACAAAGGUUUGGGUAUUGGUCAACUAGCUGCCACAUUAUGUGGGUCAGUCGUUGAGUUGGGGACUGUGAAAGAGGCCUUCAACACAUUAAUCAGCACAGAAGACACACAGAGAGACAGGGUGACGCAGGACAUGAAUUCUCUGCUCUCCUCUUUUUAUGUUUUCCCAAUUAACUUGUCAAAUUCAUCAUCUGUGUUCGGAUUCUGUGAAACAUGCCUCUGUCAGUCAGAUGCCCCAUACACAGAGGGCUGUAUACUGAUGCCAUGUAGCCAUUACUUUUGUGUGGACUGCUGGAGAAGACAUAUUUGGGAAAAAAUCCAUGAGGGAGCCCUGAAGAUUACUUGCCAGACAUAUGGCUGUGACUCUGUGGUAGAUGAAGUGAUGGUUAGCUGCCUGCUACCUUCAGAUGUGGUCUCUAAGUGGAUAUACAGAAAUAUGGAAUCUUUGGUGGAGAGUUCACAGAAAUGGCAAUGGUGUCCAAAGACCUCCUGUCGUACAGUUGCUAAGUUAUCAAAUCCAGGCAAAAGAUUUUCACCGGUCCUAUGUGUCUGUGGCAAGGCUUGGUGUUUCUCCUGUCGGUCUGAUGUCCACUGGCCUGCGACCUGUGAUCAGUACUCAGUCUAUAAGAAGAUGCUUCUUCAAAAUGGUGAUGAUGGCAGGUGGACUCCUGUAGAAACAAUGACAUAUUAUGUUCAAGUAAAGCAAUGUCCUAAAUGUCAUUACCCUAUGGAGAAAAAUGGUGGUUGUUCACAGAUGAGGUGUAAAUGUUCACACAGUUUCUGUUGGGAAUGUUUGAAAGAUUGGAGCUCACAUGUUGCUAUGAACAUGUUAGUGUGUGCAAAAAACAAGAAAGAAGAAGUGACGAUGGAGCUUGAUAACAAUAUCAGUUAUGCAUUUCCUAUUAAAAUGUACAAGAAGAGCGUAGAGCACAGGCACAAAUGGAUUCGGAUAUUAAAUGUGGAGACUGUGGAAGCCAAAGCAAAAUUCUACGCAGUGAAAGCAGCAAGACAAAGGAGUACGAAAUAUAGACCAAGAGAGUUGAUGGACUACGAAAUUUAUAAGCUUGUGAAAUCUUCCCUGGUCUUCGUAAGAGAGGUACAUAUGGUUAUAGAGAACAUCUACACCAUGUUGUCCAAUUCAACACAGAAGUCUGGGGUGAUGAAUAUGAUCAGCCUCCUACUAGACAAACUUCUAUUCAGUACUGGUCGUCUGGAGCAGAUUUUUGCCAGUCCUCGUUUGACAGACGACCACCUGAGAAGGAGUGAUCACUUGGAGACUUCAAUCAGACGUUACUUGGAGCAAAUGGCUUUAUAUGUCCCGCAUAUACAACAACAGAUUUCCAAGUCAAAACAAACUAUCCUUGGCAAACCCAUCAAUACAUUUACUAACUUUUAUUGAGCUUUUUAAAGCCAUU